GCUUUGGCCGCUCCAUUUCAUACAACCCAACCAUCAUACCCGGGUCGGAUUUAAACCUACUGUAAAUAUCCCGAACCCUGAUAAUCGCCAUUUUCUUCUUUUUCUGCCCCUCUCUGCUCAGUCUUCAUCAGCUCCUGCUUCUGAACUGCCCACUUACCAGAAACUCAAGCUCAAGCUCUCUCUCUCUCUCCAGAAUGAACUGUUCAAUUUCCGGCGAGGUGCCGGAAGAUCCGGUGGUUUCGAAGAAGUCCGGACUUCUCUAUGAGAGAAGAUUAAUCGAGAGACUCAUAUCGGACUAUGGAAAAUGUCCGGUUACUGGGGAGUCACUGGAAAUGGACGAUCUUAUUCCAAUAAAAACUGGCAAGAUAGUGAAGCCAAGACCAGUACAAGCUGCAAGCAUUCCUGGGAUGCUUGGCAUGUUCCAGAUUGAAUGGGAUGGCUUGAUGCUAUCAAAUUUUGCGUUGGAGCAACAAUUACAUACAGCAAGGCAAGAGCUAAGUCAUGCCCUAUACCAGCAUGAUGCUGCUUGCCGUGUAAUUGCAAGACUGAAAAAAGAAAGGGAUGAAGCAAGGGCAUUAUUGGCACAGGCAGAAAGACAGAUACCCAUGGCAGCAUCAACAGCGACCACUGCUAAUGUUUCCGCUUUAAGCAAUGGGAAAAGAGGUUCUUGCUGCUUUUGCUUCAAGGCACAAUUUAUUUUGCUUGCUACUAUGUGUGGUGGUUCAUUUGUGGUAUUUUCUGUAAUUAAAGCUGCUGAGGAUGAUGAGAUGGGCCCUGGUGGAAAGAAAAUCCGUCCAGGAAUCUCAGCUAAUAUCAUUGCAGAGCUUACUGACUGUAAUGCUGCACUUUCACAGCAACGGAAAAAGCGGCAGAUCCCUCCAACUCUAGCUCCUGUUGAAGCUGUGGAGAGGUAUACCCAGCUCAGUAGUUAUCCUCUUCACAAAACCAACAAACCUGGCAUAUUAUCUAUGGAUAUUUAUCACUCCAAGGAUAUCAUUGCUACUGGUGGGAUUGAUACAAAUGCUGUCGUCUUUGAUCGACCUUCUGGACAGAUCUUAUCUACUCUCAGUGGUCAUUCAAAGAAGGUUACCAGCGUCAAAUUUGCAGCUCAGGGCGAAUUAGUCGUUACUGGUUCUGCUGAUAAGACGGUUCGUAUAUGGCAAGACUCUGAAAAUGGGAACUAUGAUUGUAGGCAAAUCUUGAAGGAUCAUACUGCAGAGGUGCAAGCUGUCACCAUCCAUGCCACUAAUAACUACUUUGUGACUGCUUCUCUUGAUGCCACAUGGUGCUUCUAUGAGCUUUCUUCCGGGUUAUGCCUCACUCAGGUUGCUGAUGCUUCAGGAUCUGAGGGCUAUACAUCUGCAGCUUUUCAUCCUGAUGGUCUCAUCCUUGGAACAGGCACCUCUGGGGCUCUUGUUAAAAUUUGGGAUGUGAAAAGUCAGGCAAGCGUUGCAAGAUUUGAUGGGCACAUUGGGGCAGUCAAUGCCAUAUCUUUUUCAGAAAAUGGUUACUUCCUAGCAACUGCUGCUCAAGAUGGUGUCAAGUUGUGGGAUCUACGUAAAUUGAGGAAUUUCAGGAGCUUUACGCCAUAUGAUGAGGAUACACCCACACAAGCAGUGGAAUUUGACCACAGUGGAAGUUACCUUGCAACCGGUGGCUCAGACAUAAGAGUGUAUCAAGUUGCCAAUGUAAAGUCUGAAUGGAAUUGUAUCAAAACCUUCCCUGAUUUGUCUGGCACAGGUAAAGCGACUUGUAUAAAAUUUGGCCCAGAUGCAAAAUACCUAGCAGUUGGAUCAAUGGACCGUAACCUCCGAAUAUUUGGCCCGCCUGGGGAGGACGGUCCAAUGGAGUCUUAA